UACAGUGGAGCUGUAGCAAGUAGUUUUGCCAGUUCAGUGCGUGAAAAGCGUAAUUAACAUUUGCAUAAAGAGUUUUUUUUCGUGACAAAUGGAUUUACCCAAGCAAACAAGAUGACUGCUGCAUCGUAUAAAUUUGAUGAUGGGCAGAGCUAUCCUACCAAAUGUUUCCCGGCCCGAACAUUACUCAGUCGAAGGAAAGACGGUGGUGGUCAUUGGCUUGUGGCUUACAGAAAGGCACAGGAGCAGAAGUACAGUAAUGUGCACAGAAGAAUAAAAGAGUCUCAUAAAAAACUACAGAACGGUGGGGUGGCUGAUGGUAAUACAUUAGAUGGGCCCUUCCUGCUCCAGUUACAUUGUGUUGAUAAACCAUCUGAACUGUGCUCUGUUGACGUCAGUGACCAUAAACUGAAUUCUGUCAAGCCAGAAGACCUCAAGUUGUUUGAUAAUGUAGUUUACAUCGAUGCUUCUGUUAACUCCCUCUCUUUAGGGUCUUUCAGCAGUUUUGUGUCUUUAAGAGAACUCAGUCUGUCUCUAAAUGGGAUUUGCAACAUGACGUUUCAAGCAUCUGACUUCCCUUGUCUUGAGGUUUUGGAUUUGUCCUACAACAGUUUGUCAGCUGAUGAUAUUGUUUCCAUCGGUCGACUUCCACGUCUAAAGGUCCUUCAUCUGACUGGAAAUCAGCUUCGUCAUCUUCCUCCUAAUCUGGGUUCCUCCAGCUGUGACCACACUCAGCUGCCGGCUAAAGAAGAGGACACACACUUUAGAGCUCUCGAAAUCCUGAUGCUUGAUGAUAACAAACUGUCCUCUGGAGUCUUCAGCAGUCUUACAAAUCUGAAGAGGCUUAAGUAUUUAAACCUACAGCGCAACCACAUUUCAGAAGUACCAUAUUUACAAACUAAGGGCUGUUCAAAACCUGUGCAGACUUCGGCUGAAAGGCCAACUGAGGAAGAGGGAGCUGCCCACACUGAGCCAGAUCCUGAGGAUGAUGAAGAUUUACAGAGAAUCUCACAGGAGUACUGCAAGGGAUCCAGUUUGCCUCUACCAGAGCUUCAGUAUCUCAAUUUAUCUGACAACAAGAUUGCCGAGGAAGACGCACUGAUGGCUGUCAUUCUUUUCCCAAUGCUUCGCGAAAUUGACAUUCACUCCAACCCUCUGACCACAAAGAGAAGUGGGGACCCUCCCUUACUGACCUAUUACCUCCAAGAGAGACUGGGGAUAACAAUAAAGCGUAAACAGACGCGAGAAGUUGCGAAGCCCCCACUGAAGGUGUCCACUAAUCCAAAAUGGCAGUUCGAAGAAAGGAUCCCAAAGGUGCUAAAGAAGCAAAUGCUGAUGGAUCAAUCAUGUCCUGCACAAACUCAGGAGGGCAAGGACAGCAGGGACCACACUUUCCAAGAAAAUACAGAGCACUUCUUUGUUACUGAGGCAGCAGACAUUUCUGAAAAUGAGUUUGAUCUUCGAGCUGAUGAGAAAGAAACAGCAGGGAAUGAUGACAGAUACGAGGAUGAUACGAUUCCUGAAAAAUUCAACUGCUACAAGAUGUUGAUGGAUGCAAAACCAUAUCCUGAAGCCGUGGAGCCCACUGGAAUUCAAACAGCUGUUCGGAUGCUGGAACACGCACUGAAGAAUCUUAAUGUUUACAGAGACUCAAAACCAAAACUUGAUAGCAUCCAGAUGCCAUAUAAAGAAAGAGAGAAAAGGAUUAAGGAACUUCCACCUCUGAAACCAGUGAAGCAGCCGACUGAAAGGGUUGACGAAAUGAUCAAGGAAAUCAAAGGGAGUACAACGAUAAGAGAAGUCGCCUUGAGCAGUGCCAUACACGGCGCAGGCGUUAACAAGCAAGAAUAUAAGGAAGCUUUGUCGCUGCUGAGGGACAUGAAGACAAAGUACAAGAUGGUCCAUAAGAAAACAAUGGAACAAGCAGCCAGCAUUGAGUCUGAUGACAACACCAACCUAAAUGGAGCUCAACCUCCACCUGUGCAGAUGGUGUGAUGCCUGCCUUGAAUAACACCUUGUUGAUGUUGGCAUAGAACUGGUGUGAGUGGAAUUGAAAUCACUGUGUUUCUGUUCACAUGAGUCUGUCUGGUUAAUACUGUGACAAACGUAUAGUGACGGUUUUGAGCAGCUGCACCGAUGCUACUUUGACCACAUUCAGUCCAGCGUGCUUGCAUAGUAUGCAUCAACUGUUAAUAGAGUUCAGCUGUAAGAGUCGACUGGGUCCUCCUUGGGGAGAGACAGUUUAAACUAUUACAUUACUAUCUUUUCAAGCCAAUAAGAGGUCUCAGUGUUUCCUCUGGCCCAAGCUGUUCCCAUAUGUAUUCUCUUUAGCAUGAACCUACUAGUGAUAUCUUUAAGUCCACUAUAGGCCAACAGGCUGUGAUAAUAAGUGAGGAAGAGGUCAGUUCCAGCACCCAUCUUGUAAGCCUACUGAAGCGUCCUUAAGCAGUGAAGCAAUGCUGCUCUUUGGGUGACCAGUGAAAAAAAGACAAACAGGAUUGUGUGGAUUCAUAAACAAUGAAAUCCACAAUGAGCCCUGUGCUGACUUAAAAUAUAAAUAUUGUUCAGAAUUCUCUUAAUCUUAAAAUAGCAUUAGCACUAUUGUCAACCGUGGAUUAAAUGUCACCUUGCUACUUGAGAACAAAACAAAUGGGAGAAGCUGCAGCCUACAGCUUAAGUAUAGUGAGUGUUACAUCAGAACAGCAGUGAUUGAGUUACUAGUUAGAGUCUGCAGUUUUUUUUUAAAUAUUGCACAGCCUGAGGUUGAUCAGAAUCAGAUAUUCUCCAGGGACAUGCUAUACAUUUUGUUGACCAGGUCGACUUUCUAACCAAUAGAAUAAAGCUGAGGAUGUGGUCCUGUGUAUGGUUUGUUGCCAUGUAAACGCUUUUAAGACCUUGAAAUCAGCUACAGAACAUUUAUACUGCAAAGUGGCCGGUAAUUCAUUUGACAGAUGAUUGAUCCAUUGUCUCAUGACUCUCUGACUCAUGUCUCACUCUCUUCUGGUUUGUUGAGUCCCGUGUAUUUGCUUUCAUACUGUAGGUUUCAGAUACCAUUAGUGAAGCUACGGCUGUGGUCAUUUCUGUCAGGCAGGAACAAUAGUAUUUAGUUGAGUAGUAGUUGUUUGUAGUUUUGAACGGACCUCUGUAGCUCAACAUGAUUUACAGUCCACAUCCUUGAACGCAUAAAUGAUCAAGUCAAGCUUUAUAAAAUUUCUAGUCAUGUUUUGUUUUCGUUUUCCAUUCCCUUUUUGAUUUCAUGGUCUUGUCCUUCAUAUGAUUUCAAUUAUUUUUCUGCAGAGCAGCUUGCAGCUGUGGAAUGCACGUUCAGCCCAGGUGGAAUAAAUCAAUAGGUACUCUGAAGAUAUGUCAUGCAGAUUUUCUACAUUAUUACAUUCAUCUGUGGAUAUUCCCCUGCUUCUGUAUUGAAUGGUAAAUAAAAUAUGAAUUGCACACAGUAAGCAAAAUGCUUUCUGUACACUGUAUCUAGUACGCUGUCAUUUUGUGCCAUCUGUUU